AUGGCGUGUGCUUGGGACUUCCAGUUCCGUGUGUUGUUACUGGGAAACUCCGGGGUAGGAAAAACCUCUCUGCUCCGAUGGUACACAGAUGGCCAGUUCUCAGAAAGCACAGGGCAAACUGUAGGGGUGGAUUUCUGUUCCCGAGUAGAGGAGCUGGAGAGUGGAAUUAAAAUCAGACUGCAGUUCUGGGACACAGCUGGCCAGGAGCGCUAUCGGGCGGUUACACGGUCUUAUUACAGGAAUGCAGCUGGUGUUAUUCUCCUCUUUGAUCUUACUGCUCGUUCGUCUUUUGAGAGCAUCAUGGAGUGGUAUCAGGAGGUUAUAGAUCGCACACGACCGCACCCUCUAUUAUUCCUGCUGCUGGGAGCAAAGAGUGACUUACGAGAGCAGCGAGUGAUAAACAGAGAAGAUGGACAGAGACUGGCAGAUAACCUGAGAGCUCCAUAUUUAGAGACGUCCGCACGGACUGGCAGUAACGUCUCAGCUGCACUUUCUCUUCUGUGUCGGGAGCUACUCAAAGCAGCACGGGAAGAGCGACCACAAAUGGAGCAUUGGAGUGGGGAAUGCCUUGCUGUGGAGGAGGACCAGGCAAAACAGAGAAAUAAGUGUGCAUGCUGA